UCGUACGCGUGACAUCAUACUGGACAAAGCACCGUAUGGGAGUGGUUUCUUAGAAUCGAAUGAAUCUUGCUAAAUGUAAGGUUUUUCAAUUCCUGUAGCCGAACUAUUACUUUGUAAAGUCAAAAGGGUUCAAGGGAACACUAUUAGCGCUUAUUUUGUCAGGAAAUCCCAAAGAGGGUAUACAAAACUCAACCGAAUAACAUCAUAUGCGAUUUUGUGUAACAAAUCACUGACGCUGGAUGAUUGGUGUUUCUUAAGUUGCGUUCCCCAAACAUGUGCUGUGUCUGACGAGGCUUACCCGCGCUACCGAGACCCCAGGAAGACCAUGCUGUCCCUCCUGCUGCCCACGCUGCUUGCUGUGCAAGCUCUCGCUGUCCUAGAAGUGCAAGUCCCAGAGCUGCCAGUGGUUGCGCUGUACGGCAUGGACACCACCCUCAACUGUUCCUUCAGCCACGCCUCUCCCUUCAACCUGUCUGACCUCAGUGUCUUCUGGCAGCUGACGGACACCAAGCGCAGUGUGCACAGCUACUGGGCUAGCCAGGACCAGCUGGCAGACCAGGGAGAGCGCUAUGCCAACCGCACCAGCCUGUACCCCUCCCAGCUGGGCACGGGCAACACCUCGCUCCUCUUGAGGGGGGUCCGGGUGGCCGACGAGGGUAGCUACACCUGCUUUGUCAGGGUGGAGGCCUACGGUAGUGCAGCCCUACUGCUCCAGGUAGCAGCCCCCUAUUCCAAGCCUCUGGUGACCCUGGAGCCGGACUCUAACCUGCGGCCAGGUGACAACGUGGCGCUGACCUGCGUGGCAUACGGUGGCUACCCUGAGGCUGACGUACUGUGGCAGGACGGGGGCGGGCACAACCUGACGGACAACGUCACCACCUCCCUGGUGGCCAAUGAGGAGGGGCUGUUCAGCAUGCGCAGUGUCCUGACUGUCACCCUGGAGCCCAAUAGCACUUACAGCUGCAGACUGACCAACCCAUUAUUGGGUGAGGACGGCCACGCCUCCGUCACCAUCACAGGUCAGAACAUGGUGUUUCCUCCGGUGGCUCUGUGGGUGACGGUGGGUCUGGCUGUGUGUCUGCUGGGUCUGCUCAUCGCCCUGGCUGCAGUCUGCCGUAGGAAGAUCAAGGAGAGCUGUGAGGAGGACAGAGCAGCCAAGGAGCUUGAAGAGGCCAAAGAGCUGCAGGAAGCUGAGCAGUCUAAGACAGCCAUGACCCCCCUGAAAAGCUAAAGCCAAUAGAACACAGAAGUGAGGAGGCAGACUGUGAGACAGCGAUGAGCCUGGUAUUUAAUCCCACUACACCUAUCCAUCGACGGAGAGACUGAUUCCACUGUCUCUUGCCCACACAGUGUCCAGGCCUUACUGAGCUGAUGAUGAGUCCAUCAUACCCAUCCCUACAGGACCACUUCCUCCUGGGUUUCAAAAAGACAUAAAUAUCAUCAUAUCCUAUUACAGCACUAUGCAUUUCCCUUCCCCUGCUACCCUUUCAGUUAACGAAGACUGCUGCAGUAUAUGAAUACUGAUGUGGAGUCAUAUUCAUUUCUAUGCAAUAUGCUAGAGAGAAACUCCACUUGAACGCCAUUGGAUGUGACAGGCUCCCUGUGUAUCGAGGUAGGAAGUUUGAGAGACCCAGGAUCUCAUUUCUAAUAGGAAGUGAGCAGCUUAAGAGAUGACCCAGCUGAGGCUGCCAUCGGUGUCUCCGUAGCUGUCUGCCUGCCAGAGAUGGAGUGUAGCUGUGUAGUUCUCCAUUUACUCCUCGACUCACUAAUUAAUGGUUGCCCGUGGAGUAACUUGUACCUGUCAGUGUCUACCGCUCUCGUAUAUUCAAUAACUUGGAGGAAUUGAAAUUGAAUGCCAGCUAAGCUCGAACAAACUGCAAAUGGUGCAUGGGAUACACCCUGGUUCUCUCACUGACCUGACAGCAGCCUUAUGUGUAAGGUUUUUAAUGAACAUGGACUCUUCUCAGCUACUCUUAACUGCCAAGGUGGAAUGUUUUAUGAAUUCAAGAUGGAGUCUGGAAGGCUGGGUGGGUGAUUGUAUAAGUUCUGUUACAGUAUACAGGUACUCGAGUCCUUGUGCCAAAUGUCCAUGUGCGUAUCAAUGCCAAAGCUGUCCAUAAAAUAACCCAGUGCCGAUUCGCAUUAAAGAGACAUGGUGAAAAUGUUCCCGAGCGGUCACUGGUAAUUAUUGCGUCCAUUCCCAGGGUCACUGCAUGUGUGUUCAUGGAGAACAAGGUCCACUCUAUUACACAUAUCUCCUUACCCAUGGGAUUAGCCACACUGCUCUCAAUUCAUACCUCCACUGUUCCAUUCGAUCUGAUUUAUCUCAGACAACACUCCUCUACAUAAUGAGGAAAACAAGAAUAAUGGUGAAAAGUAAUACAAAUCUUUUAUUUACAUGCAGAUCUAGCCAGACGUGUUAAAUUUCCAGUUUUGCUCUCACGUUCUUAGGGAUUUGCAGAUGCUUAGUCAUACCAAACAUCUUAGUUGUUUUGAAUAAUGAAUUUCCUCCAGGAGUAUGUGUUACUGUCGUGUGUGAAAUAAGUGGCUGCGGUUGGGUUGGUGUAAAAGACAGGCUGGCUUUCUCUGAGAAGCCACCCCACCUCAACCCACACCCCAAGCCCAUCACUAUUCCCUCUAAGCUGGAUGAAGCUGUUGAUCAAACCCAAGGCUGUGCUUCCAAAUCCACAUCUCUCUCUCGCUCUCUGUACAGUAGCCCUUGACCUUGCCAUGUGUCCUCAUGGCCCAGACACCCGCUUGAAAUUAAAUUACAGAUUAGUGGCUUCGGCCCCUAGGAAGGGUUUAUUUGGUUGCCCCCUCUCCGUGUCACUCUCAUUCUGGGAGUGACACGCAGGGAGGAAAUGUCAUGGGAUUUAAGAAAGAAAAUGCCAGCCUUGAAACAGCUUCUACUUCAAAGUCUAUUCUAUGUUGCCUGGCCUGCCUAAAUUCAGGAUGUCUGCAAGGAGUUCUAAAUCUUACAGGUGAGGAAUAGGGGGCAGAUGGCAUGUGGGGAUUACUGUGUUAGAAUGAGUAACGAACAGGGGAAACUGAAACCAAACUCUUUUAAAUAUGUCAUACAAACGUCUUCAGACUUCAACGUCUCUGUACGUUUUCUCCCAUCAAUUCCAUCAAGCUGAGAUGGAGCAUGAACCCUUCACCAGACUCAAUGACUGGUCCUGUCACUGACUGCUUCUUAAGACACUGUUGCUGCACCUUCAGAUGGAAAUCAUCAUUCUAGCGAGACAAGUGGACCAAACACUGAGCCCUCAUUCAUUUGGAAGACUGUCACGCAUAGCACAAUGCUGUAAUUUCAAAUCACUUUCACUUCCACUCUGUAGAUUUUGUGAUUUUUGGCAAUCAGAAUGGCUUGUUAGCCCUAUAAACGAUCCACUUCCCUUCAUAUUGAUGCAGAUUCCCAGUCCUCAAGUAUAUAACUCAUCAUGUCAGAUUAGGGCCUCUUUUCAUUGGGAAGUAGGUUUCUUUGAAUGUGCCAACAGAGAAGCUACCCCACAGGGCAAAAACUGGUUGAACUAAUGCUGUUUCAAGCAAAAUAAUCAAAGUGAUGACAUUGUAUCAACGUGGACAACUAAUUUGAUUAGCAAAGAGUCCUCCCAUAACCCAAUUUUUAACAGAAAUAGAAUGACAUUGUGAUUGUUUUGUUGUUGAUUUCAUAUUGAAUUCACAUUAGUUAAACAACUCAACCAAAUGUAAAUCAAUGCUAGACGUUGAACUGAUGUCUGUGCCCAGAGAGUCCUGUACUGUAGAGACACUUUCAAAUCAAGAUGACUCUGUAAAAAUAUUUGCGUCAAAUGCUAUUCUAGAGUCCGGAGUCUGUAGCCAGAUUGUUUGUUCUGUUGUGUUGUGUUGUUUGGAAUAAGUGGAAAGUUAACCUGAAUAUCACAGUUUGUUGAGCAAUGGAGAAAAACUCACAGCAGACAUUUGAAACGGUAUAGUUCUCUUCUCGCCAGGGGGGUUGAGUUGUGUAUUUAGUAUGGAGAAAGAAAGCAAUCAAUAAAACAGCCGUUGGUAACCAA